AUGGACGACCUCGCCGCGGGGGGCCUCGCGCUCUUCGCCGCCGUCGCUGACUUCAUAGACGACUCCGCUCCCGCGAUGCCGCCGCCGCAGCCGGCGGGGGCCAGCACCGCGCCCGAGCCCGAGUCCGCGCCCGGGAGCCCCUGCUCCGUCGCCAGCGACUGCAGCAGCGUCGCCACCGCCGACUUCGAGGGAUUCGCCGACCUCGGCCCCGCGCUCGUGCUCGACGACCUCGUCUCCUCCGCCUCCGCCACCCCUCUCCCCGCCUCCGGGCCCAGGGCCGCCGCCGCUCCCGCCAGGAGCGUCUUCGCGCUCGACUGCGUGCCGCGCUGGGGGCUCGAGUCCGUGUGCGGCCGACGACCCGAGAUGGAGGACGCCGCCCACGUGCAGCCAAGCUUCUUCCACGUCCCGCUCUGGAUGCUCGCCGGCGACUCCCCCGUCGACGGCCUCGACCGGGCCUCCUUCCGCCUCCCCACGCACUUCUUCGGCGUCUACGACGGCCACGGCGGCCUUCAGGUCGCCAACUACUGCCGUGAGAGAAUCCACAAGGUACUGGCAGAGGAGCUCACCAAGGCAGAGGAGGCCGCGUCCGACGCUGACUUGAGUGGUCUUGGCCCUAAUACUCAGAAGCACUGGGAGAAGGCCUUUGUGGACUGCUUUAGCCGUGUUGAUGCAGAGGUGGGAGGGAACACGGCGACCGAAGGCAAGCCUGUGGCUCCAGACACCGUGGGGUCAACAGCGGUGGUUGCGCUCGUCUGCUCAUCGCACGUCAUCGUUGCCAAUUGCGGCGACUCGCGAGCGGUGCUCUGCCGGGGCAAGCAGCCCCUGGCGCUGUCCGUGGACCAUAAACCAAACAGGGAAGAUGAGUAUGCAAGGAUUGAGGCCCAGGGAGGCAAGGUCAUCAAUUGGAAUGGCUAUCGAGUUCUCGGUGUUCUUGCCAUGUCCCGGUCAAUUGGGGACAGGUACCUGAAGCCAUAUAUAAUCCCAGUCCCUGAGGUCACAAUUGUUGCCCGUGCAAAAGAUGAUGAAUGUCUAAUUCUUGCCAGUGAUGGCCUCUGGGAUGUAAUGUCAAACGAGGAGGUAUGUGAUGCUGCUCGCAAGCGCAUACUGCUGUGGCACAAGAAGAAUGCAGACGCCUCACCGUCAGCCCAAAGAAGCGGUGAUUCGGCAGAUGAAGCAGCUCAAGCAGCUGCUGAAUAUUUGUCGAAGCUGGCUCUCCAGAAGGGGAGCAAGGACAACAUAACCGUCAUUGUAGUCGACCUCAAGUCACAUAGAAAGUUCAAGAGCAGAACAUAG